AGGGGCGGAGCGCGCCUGCGUAGAGACGAUGCGGCCGGGCCCGGCCCCCGCUGCAGCGCUGACGGAUGUGGUAAUUCUGGAAGCUAUGGACAUACUCUUUAGAAUAAGAGGAGGCUUGGAUUUGGCGUUUCAGCUAGCAACUACUGAUGAAGCAUCAGCAAAAAGUGCAUUAAAGUACGUUUUCAGUGAUCUUGCAAAUAAGCUGUCCUCAGAUGUUCUUGUAUUAAGAAUUUGCAACAGUUCAGUGUAUGUGUGGCCCAACAACGGUAUCAACACCGUUCCAGAGCUGACUGAUGAUUCUGCUUGUAAGGAGAUAAAACGAUUUAUACACUUUGAUCAAGAUGAUGAGACCCGACGAAAGCUUGGCAAAAAAAAGGAUAAGAAGCUUCAAGACAUGCCGCAGGUAAUCAACAUUGACCUCAUGUUAGAGAUGACAUCUUCAUCAGAUGCUUUGGCUCCAGUCAUCGAAAGAGAAAAUAAGGAGCACCACUACAUUAAUAUGACAUUGCCAGUUGAUGUUGUUGUAUCUGUUUCUCCUGAUGAAACGUGGGGAAAGGUGCAAAAUCUCCUGGUGAAAGCAAUUCACAAGCAAUUAACCGAUAUGGAAAGAUGCAUCAUGAAAUACAUGAAGGGAACAUCAAUUGUGGUACCAGAACAGUUUCAUUUCAUGUUACCAGGAAAAAAUCACCUUGUAACCAUUUCAUACCCUACAGGUAUUUCAGAUGAUCAACUGGAAAGUUACAGAAAGGAAUUGCAUGGGUUGUUCAACCUGCCGUGCGACAGACCGUAUUUCAAGAGAGCAAAUGCUUACCAUUUUCCAGAUGAACCAUAUAAAGAUGGCUAUCUCAGAAAUCCCCAUUUACAUCUUAAUUCACCUGGUCCUGAGUCUGGUGUGGUUUAUUUAGUCCAUGGCACAUACAGUUACCACCACUAUAUGCAGGAUCGCACUGAUGACAGCGGCUGGGGCUGCGCUUAUCGGUCUUUGCAGACCAUCUGUUCUUGGUUCAAGCAGCAAGGUUACGUUGAUGCACCUAUACCAACACACAAGGAAAUUCAGCAGGCCCUGGUUGAUGCUGGAGACAAACCUGCAGCUUUUGUUGGGUCACGGCAGUGGAUUGGUUCAGUCGAGGUGCAGCUUGUUUUGAAUCAACUCUUUGGCAUAACGUCAAAAAUAUUAUUUGUCAGCCAGGGUUCUGAACUCGCUUUGCAGGGAAGAGAACUUGCUAAUCAUUUCAAGACUGAAGGAACUCCAGUUAUGAUUGGUGGAGGUGUUUUGGCUCACACGAUACUAGGAGUGGCGUGGAAUGAAAUGACAGGGCAAAUAAAAUAUUUGAUUCUAGACCCACAUUACACUGGAGGAGAAGACCUGCAUGUUAUUUUGGACAAGGGCUGGUGUGCCUGGAAGGGCCCAGACUUCUGGAGCAAGGAUGCCUAUUAUAACCUGUGUCUACCUCAACGACCAAAAACUAUUUAAAUCUCAAUCUUAUGCAAGAACAUGCUUAGCCAGAAUACUAGCAGGCCUAGAAGUAACUGUCUUGUUAGUUAGCAGGCUAAUACUUGAAAUUGAUCAAAACCCAGUUGAAAUAGAAAUGGUACAUACAUAAUUUAAGUCAAGACAUUUGUUGGGUUUUUUUUUUUAAUGAAACAUCAAAGAAUAAGAGAGUUAUCUGCUGUGAGCUGCAUUUUUUACUAAUUAUUAAGUACCUACUACUCCUUCCUUCCUGUUGGGUAAGAUAACUUUGUUUAUAUAACAAUUUUAGUGUGCUUAAAAGCUUUAGAAGUUAAACGUCUGAUCCUUUUAUUUUAUGAAAUUCUUUCCUGCUGAAAAAACCCCUGCACUCUUACCUUUCAGGCUCUGUAGAGCCAGGUGCAUUUCACAGUAUGGGUCUAUUCAAAGCCAUCAUUCUCUGCUUCCACUGUUGGUAAUGGUAUUUUAGAGGAGGGUUAAGGAAAAAGAAAAUUCUGUAUGAACCGAAUUCUAUGAACUUCUGUUCUCAUUUACACAGAAAAAAGUAUGAGAGUCUAAAUUAUUAUGUGCUUAUUUAUGUGUAUGAAUACAAAUAUUGUAGGAAGAAGCAAAAUGACGGUCUUCUGUUAGGAGUGAAAAUAAAGGAGUUUUCCUCCUCAGGAGGAGUCAAUGUGACAGCAUCCAUAAAGCCAUUCCGUUCACAGUCAAGUUGUCGGCCUUUGGAUUCCCAUUAAUUUGACUUUGGCUCACAAGGCAUUUCUUUUGUCAGCUAGGAGACCGACACCUGUCACAUGGACAAACAAAUGUUCUACAGCUGCUGUCAUCAGAGCAUUAGGAUACAUUUGUGGUACAACCGCCAUCUUUGUCACUCCUCCAUCCACACGUCACUGAGAAUGCUUUAACAUGGAAAGAAAACGUGGGGAGCCUUCUGUGUGCCAUUCCACACAGUACUCAUUUCUGGCAACACUAUAACCUUCAAUGUGUAUGUAUCUGCUUCCAGCUUAUGCAACACCAAAUUUAUUUACGUAACCGCUAAAACGGUGUGGGGUUUUUUGUUGUUGUUUUAAGUUACUACAGAGGACUUUUUUUCACUCAGAGGGUGGUGACGCACUGGAACAGGUUGCCCAAGGAGGCUGUGGAUGCCCCAUCCCUGGAGGCAUUCAAGGCCAGGCUGGAUGUGGCUCUGGGCAGCCUGGUCUGGUGGUUGGUGACCCUGCACAUAGCAGGGGGGUGAAACCAGAUGAUCGCUGUGGUCUUUUUCAACCCAGGCCAUUCUAUGAUCCUGUGACUUGAACACACAGCAUACAGUGUGUGUAACUCCAGCAUGAAGGUGUACGGUGGUUUGUGAUGCGACUUUUAUGAGUACAGCCAUGCUAUGGUAUAUUUACAGCCUUAGCAUCCACUCUGAAGUGGUAAAAGAGCUCUGUAAAACACGCAUUCUCAGCAGGUUAACACUGACAUGAAUAAACGGAGCUGAAACACCC